AUGGAAGCUCUGCUAGUAGCACUGCUGUUUCUGCUAGCAGCUCUGCUACUCCUGCUGGCAGUCAGGGACACCCGUAAACCACACAAGUACCCUCCAGGCCCUGCAUGGCUGCCUCUGUUUGGAAGUUUCUGGGCAUUUCACUUCCUCCUCCGCCAGCUCCGUUACACUCACCUGGCCUGGGAGAGGUUGUCCUCCAUGUACGGACCCCUGGUGGGCCUCCGCCUGGGCAGAGACUGCAUAGUCCUGGUCUCUGGUUACCCCUUGGUCAAGGAGACGCUGCAGAGAGAGGAGUUCGAAGGUCGUCCUGAUGGAUUCCUUUUCAGGCUUAGGGCAUUUGGGAAAAGACUCGGUAUAGUUUUUACUGAUGGUGAGUUGGGACAAGAACAACGAAGGUUUGUGUUGAGACAUCUCAGAGAACUCGGAUUAGGAAGGAGUUCUAUGCAAGAUCGCAUCAUCAAUGAAACCAAACAGUUUAUCACCUGUCUGAGGGAAAAAUGUGAGGAUGGACCAGUGAAUGUCCGACAUGUGGUAAACGUCUGUAUCCUCAACAACCUCUGGGGUAUGCUAGCAGGGAAGAGGUUCUGCUUCAAUGAUAAAAGACUGUCACAACUGCUCAACUACAUCCAUCAGAGCUUUAGUCUUCAGGAUAUGUCGGGAGGUCUUCUCAACCAGAUGCCCUUCAUCCGAUACAUUGCGCCUGAACGCUCCACUUACAACAAAAACUUGGAGAUUUUGAGCAACACCUAUUCUUUUCUUACGGAAAUGAUAGAAGAACACAAGAAGACACUGAAUCCAAACCAUACUCGAGAUUUUAUUGAUGCAUUCUUGAUUGAGAUUAAGAAGAAUGAAAACAACAAGGACUCAACUUUUACAGAAGAGCAGCUGCUGGUGCUACUCAUGGAUUUGUUCAUGGCUGGGUCUGACUCCACCAGCAACACUCUCAGCUUCACAAUCCUCUAUCUGCUCCACUUCCCCCGGAUACACGACCGAGUGUUGGCGGAGAUAGAAGAGGUUGUAGGCAACUGCAGGCCACCCUCACUGCAGGACAAGCCUAAUAUGCCGUACACAGAAGCACUGAUCAUGGAGGUACUCAGGUUUACAAACAUCGCAACUGUUACCGUCCCACACAGAGCCAAGCAGCAAGUGCUACUUGAUUCUUACAUCAUACCCAAGGAUGUGACCCUGCUGGUGAGCCUGUACAGUGUCCACAUGGACCCAGACCACUGGGGAGAUCCUCACAACUUCAGACCUGAAAGGUUCUUGGAUGCAGAAGGCAAUGUCAAGCCUGACGACUGGCUCAUACCCUUUGGUCUUGGCAGAAGACGGUGUCUAGGAGAGACCCUGGCUCGUCCAAUGCUGUUCCUGUUCCUUACCUCACUUCUGUUCCAUUUCCGAGUAUCACUACCGCCCGGCGCAGCAUUGCCAUCAUAUGCGCCAGUAGAUGGUGCCAUUCUGGCGCCACCACCAUUCUCCUGUGUUCUUACACCUAGGUUUUAG